UGCUCACCAAACGAUGAUCACAACAACGAGCCCAGUAAAAGCCCAUUUUUAAACAGAUUUUACACUUUGAGGUGUUCGUGUACCGGCUUUUAACGAGUGAAAAUAGACGUCCCGUAUGGAGACAACGACGGCAACACCAGACCCGCCACAAGACCCGUCCGAUAACCCUAAUGACGUCGGGGCAGGCGGCAUCUCCGCGUCCUCCACUUCUUCUCACGAAACAGAUGUCACUCGAUCUUCAGAGCGAGCCGAAGACCCUCUUCAUGACCCGUCGAAUUCAGUGGAAGCUCAACGUCCUAACUCCUCAGAGACCACCACUCCCUCCCUCCCCAACAAUUCGACACUCGACGCCCUUGUUUCGGAUUCCCAAGACGACUCUUCGGAUCCAACGCCUCCCGAAUCCCAAGUCCAGAACCCUAACCCCACUGAGCCUGUCCCUCCUCCCAGGAAACGACGUCGUAGGAAACGUUUUUUCACCGAGCUCAACGCCAACCCGUCGCUUGGAAGGAAUCGUCGUUACAGAAUUGCCGGCGGACUCGCCAAGGAAGUGGAUACCGAGGCUUUGAUCGCGAUCUCUGUUGGUUUUCCAGUUGAUUCUCUAACUGAAGAAGAAAUUGAGGCGAAUGUAGUCUCGACUAUCGGCGGUACCGAACAAGCUAACUAUAUCGUGGUGCGUAACCAUAUUUUGUCUCGGUGGAGGUCAAAUGUGUCGUUGUGGUUGACUCGUGAGCAAGCGCUGGAGUCAAUUCGGGCCGAGCACAAAGGGCUUGUGGACUCUGCUUACGAUUUUCUGGUCAACCAUGGCUAUGUUAACUUCGGGCUCGCUCCUGCAAUUAAAGAAGUGAAAUUGAGGGCGUUUAAUGGGGCUGAGAGGGCCAAUGUGAUUGUUGUAGGGGCUGGAUUUGCGGGGUUAGUGGCGGCAAGGCAGUUGGUUUCAAUGGGAUUCAAGGUCGUGGUUUUGGAAGGGAGGAAUCGUCCUGGGGGACGUGUUAAGACGCGGAAGAUGAAGGGAAAUGGAGUAGUGGCUGCUGCAGAUCUCGGUGGUAGUGUCCUCACAGGAAUAAAUGGGAACCCACUUGGAGUCCUUGCAAGGCAGAUGGAGUUGCCUCUGUAUAAGGUGAGAGACAUUUGUCCUUUGUAUUUGCCAGACGGGAAGGCUAUUGAUUCUGAGGUUGAUUCUAGGAUGGAGGUUUCUUUUAAUGAAUUGUUGGAUAGGGUCUGUAAGCUUAGGCAAUCUAUUAUCGAGGAAAUUAAAUCUGUAGAUGUUUCUCUAGGGACUGCACUUGAAGCUUUUAGGUGUGCCUUUAAGGUGGCUGAAGACCCGCAGGAGCGAAUGCUCUUGAAUUGGCAUCUUGCUAAUUUAGAAUAUGCGAAUGCUUCUUUGAUGUCUAACUUGUCGAUGGCAUAUUGGGAUCAGGAUGACCCACAUGAGAUGGGUGGUGAUCAUUGUUUUAUUCCUGGUGGAAAUGAUACCUUUGUUAGAGAGCUUGCUGAGGAUUUACCAAUUUUUUAUGAAAGGAAUGUUGAGAGUAUUAGGUAUGGAGUUGAUGGCGUUUUAAUUUAUGCGAGUGGACAGCAGUUUCGAGGGGAUAUGGUUCUCUGUACGGUGCCAUUAGGCGUGCUUAAGAAGGGGAGCAUUGAAUUCGUGCCCGACCUUCCCCAGAGGAAGAAAGAUGCGAUCCAGAGACUAGGAUAUGGUUUAUUAAAUAAAGUUGCAUUGUUGUUUCCAUAUAACUUUUGGGGUGGAGAAAUUGACACAUUUGGGCAUUUGAUGGAAGAUUCAUGUAUGAGAGGCGAGUUCUUUCUCUUUUACAGUUACGCUUCUGUUUCAGGAGGGCCUCUUCUAAUUGCUCUUGUCGCCGGGGAUGCUGCAGUUAAGUUUGAGACAAUGUCUCCAGUGGAGUCUGUGAAAAGGGUAUUAAGGAUUUUGCGGGGCAUUUUCCACCCCAAAGGAAUUGUGGUUCCAGAUCCUGUAGAGGCAGUCUGUACUCGCUGGGGGAAGGAUCGGUUCACUUAUGGUUCCUACUCUUACGUCGCAGUUGGGGCUUCGGGAGAUGAUUAUGAUAUUCUCGCUGAAAGUAUUGGCAAUGACAGAGUUUUCUUUGCAGGAGAGGCCACUAACAAACAGUAUCCAGCGACAAUGCACGGAGCUUUUCUCAGUGGGAUGAGAGAGGCUGCUAACAUACUGAGAGUGGCAAAGAGGAGGUCACUUGCUUUAACUGAUAAGUCAAAUAAUGACAUGGAAGGAGACUUGAACCAAUUAUAUGAGACCCCUGACUUGACAUUUGGGAACUUCUCUAUUCUGUUUGAUCCCAGGACAAAGGAUCUUGAGUCUUAUUCACUGCUAAGGGUGGAAUUGCAUGGGCAACAAUUAGAUUCUGGUUUUUUGUUUCUUUAUGGCUUGAUUUCAAGACAACAGGCAACUGAGCUGAGUCAGGUAGAAGGAGAUCAGAAAAGGAUGGAAAUGUUAUUUCACAAUUUUGGGGUUAGGUUGGUUGGAAGGAAAGGUUUGUCAAAUAAUGUGGAAUCUCUUAUCACUCACAUCAAAGCAGCUAGAUCCCAACAAAAUGUUGGGAUAUGAACAUCCGCGCCAUUGUUAACUGUAAUAAGGAAGCUCAUUGAAUCAAUCAUAUAGCUAGGUUCUGUUUCUGUAACCGCAGAGAUUGUAACUUUAUGAUAAUGCUUGAAUUGUGAUUUAUCAGAUAUUGGAUUUCCUCCCAUUGUGGUGGCCCUCGUUUAUAAUGGCUUGUUUUUCUUAUA